CAAGCCAUUUCAAACACAGCAAAGCUCGCGAAGAAAAUAUCGAAAUUUGAAAGAUGUCUGGACGUGGUAAAGGAGGCAAAGGUCUUGGAAAAGGAGGCGCUAAACGUCAUCGUAAAAUCUUGCGAGACAACAUCCAGGGAAUCACGAAGCCCGCCAUUCGCCGUCUCGCUCGUCGUGGUGGAGUCAAACGUAUCUCUGGUUUGAUCUACGAAGAAACUCGCGGUGUCCUCAAAGUUUUCCUUGAGAAUGUGAUCCGUGAUGCUGUCACAUACACCGAGCAUGCCAAAAGAAAGACUGUCACCGCCAUGGAUGUUGUGUACGCGCUCAAACGUCAAGGACGAACCCUCUACGGUUUCGGCGGUUAAACGACUGCAUCUCAAGACUUAAACAAACCAAACGGCUCUUUUCAGAGCAACAAAUUUCGCAAAAGAAUACGAACGAAAAUUAUUCGAUAGUGUAAACUGCUUGUUAGCCUAUAAUCGCGUCUAACUCGGUACUCCCUCGAGUGAAAAGAAACCUGUUUAUCAAGCAAGGUCUACAGCCUUGAACGCUUGUCACUAGGCCUUCGGUCUCGAUCGUCUAACUGAAAUAUAAACCAUUUUUACUUAAUAUUUUCACCACGUGGGAGAACAGAUUUUGAUCUUCAAAAAAUAUGGUCCAAAUUUUAGUUGUAAAUAUAUGUUUCAUUCUAUAUAAAUUUUAGCAUAAAGUAGUUUGGUAAAAAAAUGAAGCAAAGACAG